AUGCUCGGGCACGCCGGACUGGGAAAGCCAUGGUAUGCUUGUGGGUCUCGACAACUGACACUGACCACUACUAUUCUUAUUCCUCCCUGCUUGUUCGUUAUGGGUGGCGUGAAGCUUGGACAACUCAUAGCCGGCUUCAUAAUCCGAAACCUGGGUUUCAAAUUUACCUUCGGCAUUUGUGCUCUCAUCUACGCCUUCAUCCUGCCUCUUAUGUACCUCUUCGUCCCCGAAACCGUCUACUUUUCCCCACCCCAACGCAAGGAAGUAAUCUUCGACAAGUCCUCCCUCCGCAUCUACGAAAUCAUUCUCCCCGAGCCGCCCAAGACAUACACCCAAAAACUGCGGAUCUUCCAAGGCCGCAUCUCCAAAGCGGGAUUCUGGCGCACGGCGUGGAAACCCGUGCCUCUCAUCACCUUCCCAGUCGUCACCUACGCAGCAUUCACGUACUCUUUCUACGCAGCGGGACUCACACUCAUCGCUCUCCUUCAAGACACAAUCUUCUCUGCUGCACCGUACAACCUCAGCUCCUCAGCGAUCGGAUUAACCAACCUCCCCCUCUUCGGCGUAGGACUCAUUGGAACCCUCCUCUCAGGCUACACAGCCGACUACCUCGUGCAAUCCCUCACACGCCUCAACAAUGGCGUGUAUGAGCCCGAAUUCCGCCUCCUCCUGAAGCUCGUUGCAGCCUCCCUCUCCUCGGUCGCCUACAUCAGCUUCGGGCACUCCAUCGCUGCUGGCACUUCAAUCUACAUCCCAAUUGCGUUCCUCGGGGUUCAGACGUUCAGCGUGCCGUUUGCGACGAGCGCGAUGUUUACUUAUGUGAUGGAUUGCCAUCCGAGCCAUGCGGCACCGGCUUUCGUGACGAUGAACUCUGUGAAGGCGGCGCUGAGCCUGGUUAUGAGUGAGUUUGUUAAUGGGUGGUUUGAAUCGAGCGGUGCUAAAUCGGUGUUCACGACUGUCGCCAUCAUGAAUCUGGCUGUGAGCGGUGUCUCUAUUCCUAUGUAUAUAUUUGGGAAGAGAUUGAGGAGCAAGAUUGCAAGGAGUGCUUUCCACCUGAAGUUCUGA